AUGAGGCACCACUGGCUGCUGCUGGGGGCCUGUGGGUGGGUGCUUCUCAUCCUGAUGUUUGUGACCAAGUUCAUCAACUUCAGAGCCAACAACGGGUACGGAGAAAGGGUGGGGUCUCAGAACUGGACUGAGUCUGGGACCAGGGCUGUGCGAGUCCAGAAUGCAGAGAACAGGACUGGAGCUGUGCCGGCCUCCAGCUUCCCCUCUGGCCCCUCUGCUCCCUGGGAUGGCGUGAUCCAUCAGAGGAACAGUCUUCUCAAAGCCGUGUGUCGGGACCCCGCCCUCCACAACCUCACCCACAGAGCCGUGACCCGGUUCGUCCUGGACCGGAUCUUUGUGAGCGACAAACAUAAGCUGCUCUUCUGCCAGACGCCAAAAGUGGGAAACACGCAGUGGAAGAAGGUCCUGAUCGUGCUCAAUGGAGCGUUCCCCAGUGUGGAGGAGAUCCCUGAAAACAUUGUCCACAAUCAUGAGAAGAACGGACUGCCAAGACUGUCCUCCUACAGCCCCCAAGAGGUCACUGAGAGACUUGGCAGUUACUUUAAGUUCCUGAUUGUUCGGGAUCCGUUUGAACGCCUCAUCUCAGCGUUCAAAGACAAGUUUGUAUUGAACCCACGCUUCGAGCCGUGGUACAAGACGGACAUUGCUCCAGCCAUCAUCCGCAAGUACAGACGCCUGCACCGAGACCAGGAUCAGGACCUGGUCCAGGACCAGGACCGGCCUAAGGUGGCGUCCUUGUCCAUGCAGCAGACUGUGGACUCAGACCCGUGUAAGUUUGUGCUCUGGUCUCGUGACUGCGCUGAACGCUUCACUCUGCAGGCCUCAAACACUGACAUCAAACUGAGCUGGGUUAGCACUAUCGCCGCCCUGUUGGAUGUACAGAAAAAGUUCAUGGAAGCGAUCGAGGAUCCCAUUGAGUUCCAGCGUAAGGAGGCGGGGCUCUCUAGGACCCGCCCUCUGCCGUCUGCUCCACCUACUCCAAACGGCCACGCCCCUCAGACCGACGGUGAUGGAGACGACACAGAGCUGGUCCAGGUGACGCAGGACUUUGUGGCCGUGCGUGAGGAUGAGAUCUCUGUUUUUCGUGGCGAGAAGGUCCAGAUCCUGGCCUCAAACCAGCAGGGCCAGAGUCUUGUGUACAGACCGGCUAACAGCGACUCUCCUGCCGCAGAGGGCUGGGUGCCACGGAGCGCUCUCAAAACACACUGA